CAAAAAGAAAAGGAAGAUCUUCCCAUCUUGAUCAUUAGUCUAAGGAAAAAAAAGCAUUAAUAAAUACAGGCAUAUGUGUAAUGCUGUUACUAUACACUCCUCGUACACUAGAAAUCCAACUAGUACCAAAUUAUCUGAAAGGCUGAUAAGUAGAUAUAAGGAAAGGGAAGAAGAAAGAAAAAGCUCAUCUAAUGUCCAUUCAGUCUGACUUCAAAAUUUUCUUUUCCCAGAGCAUGUUUAUGAAUUUGUAGAAGAGAUGCAAAGCUUUGGUUUUUAGCAACUACCUUGAAGGCUUAUCUGCCACUAUAUGUUGUUCAGGACUGAAAGGAAUGAAAGCCCCACACUGUCGCCCAGGAGACAGCAUCAUUCCCGUGUGCCUAAUUUAAAGAUGAGUUACCCUCACACUGAAGGGGAAGAGAAGGUGCCAAAUGAUGAACUGGAGUGCAAAAUCUGUUACCAGAGAUUUAAUGUUCACAGUCGUAAACCCAAAAUCCUGGACUGUCUCCACAGGGUAUGUGCUAGAUGCCUGACUAAAAUACUGCACAUAGGAGAUGGCUCUCUUUGCAUUAGUUGUCCAUUUUGCCGCCAUGAGACAGAGUUGCAUGAAGAUGAAGUGGAAGGACUCCCUAAUGAUACAAACAUUAUGUCCAAACUAGCGCUGAAAGACAGAACAGCCUGGAAUUCUGACUGUAAGGAAGUAGUUUUAACACCCAAAAACUUGGCUUCCUCAAGUCCUUCCCAUGGAUCUUCAAACUGCUUAGUAAUUACAAUCAUGGAAGUACAAAGAGACUCCACAAGGACUCCAAGCCAAAACACUAUCUCAGAUUAUUAUGCAGACCAUAGCCUUGACUCAGUAUCUCUAAGUUCUCACAGUCAAUUAGACCAAGAUCUCUUCUCUAAGCUGUGCAAUCAUGUACCCAGAAUACUGGUGUGGCUGCUGGGAUUUUUCUAUUUUGGUUCACUGCCUCUUGGAAUCUAUUUAUUGGUGAUUCAGAAAGUGACCCUAGGAAUUGUAUGCGUCAGUCUUGUUCCCUCAAGUCUAACUAUCUGUCUUGUGUAUGGUUUCUGUCAAUGCCUUUGCCAAGGAAUGUGUGACUGCUCUUCAAGAAGUUGA